AUGCUAACCUAUGGUCAUGAUGCAAUGUUACCUAUCGAGGUGGUGGUGAGGUUGUUGAGAGCAGCUAAGCAGAAUCAUUUGACUCUAGAAGAUUGCAAUAAAACCAUGAUGAUGGAGUUAGAAAAUUUAAAAGAAGGGAGACUUCAGGCUUUAAACAAUAUGAUUAUACAUAAGAAGAAAGUCUCCAGAAGCUACAACAAGAAAUUGAUCUUACCCCCUAGUACUAAAGACAGAGAAUAUGGGAAAUGGUCUACUAACUGGGAAGGGCCAUUCUUAAUCGACAAGGUGAUGAAGGGGAAUGCGUACUGGCUAUCAAGUCUAGAGGGUGAGCCUUAUAAAAAAUUCAUUAAUGGAAAGUACUUGGAGAAAUACACUCCCACCAUUUGA